AUGAAAGCUAAAGCAAUAAUUGAAGUUGUCGUUUUUUUGGAUUCUCUUAAAACCAUUGGGAUCUUUUUAUUGGAUGAGGGAAUGUAUCAAAUAAGGAUUAACUUAUAUAUAUAGAGUUCCCAAAAUUUGAAGAUUCCUCUCACUCCGAAAGAAACUUUGUUGUUCAAGAGAAAUGAAUAACAAUACUUGCCACAACACACAAUAGAUAAUUUCUACAUGAGUGAUGCUUUCUUAUUGAGAUAAUGGACAGAAGAAGAAAGAUUUGAGAUAAAGAACGGGUGUAGGUUCAGUGGUGCAAUUCCACAUAAUUUGAAAGAGCAACCAUGUUUUAUGGAGAUCGAAUUGAUGUAUUAUGAUUUAGCAUAGAAAAUUGUUUCGUUUUAAAGCAUAUCGAUAGCAAAGUUUAAAAUUGAAAACCUAUCCAAUGGGAUCUAUGAAUAUGUUCCUGUGAUACUAGGAGAAGAUCACUUCAGUUUAUUGAAUAUCAUGGUCAUUUGUUCCUUGACUAGUUUUGAUAUUUAACUAUAGCAAGUGUAAAAUGAGGAUAAAAAGGGAGCAGAUCAACAUCUACAUAUAAAUAUGAGGCAACUGUACAACAAGGUGUUGGAACCUCUGAAAACAUCAUAUCGAAACAUGCAGACAUUCUAUUAUAAUAUGGAGUUGGAAAUGGAAAGACCAAGCAGUAGCGGGGGUAUGCAAUACCAUGUGAGAUAAACUAAGAAUUUUUAGGUAAUGUCAUUAUCGAGUGCGGAUUCAUUAUUAAAAAAUGAACAAAACACUUAAUUAAUAAGCAAAGUAAUGGCUAAUGAGUUUAAAGUGUUACAAAGUACAAUAAAUCAAUUGUGGCAUAAAAUAAUCAUUGGAUUAAAGCUCGGACAUUAAAAAAUAUUAAGAUAAUUGAAAAAGGAGUCAUUAACAAAUUUUUAAAGUCGAUACUCUGCAUUCACUCAAAAAGAAGUAAUCCCUGUGGUAGAUCAUCAAUACACUAUGAUUCCUUAAUAACAGAAAUAAAGUCAAGAGUAGGCAGACUUACAAAGCAAAAGAUUGGAGUAUUAGAAAUUGUUACUCCAAGGCCCAUCUAAAAUAGUUGAUUUAAAAAUAAUAGACGAAAUCAAAGAUAAGUUAAUGAUUGUUGAAAAGCAUUACGUUACUAGACAGACCUUUUAGUUGUCUAGAUCUAAGUUGCACCUUAUCGUUUUGGUUCAUGGUUAUUAGGGACAUUCUUAUGAUAUGAGAUUAUUGGAGAAUUACAUGUGUUUGAGGUUUCCUUAGCAUAUGUUGUUGGUAUCAUUAUGUAAUCAACAAAACACAGAAGGAGAUAUAUUACAAAUGGGCAAAUACCUUAGUGAUGAAAUUAAAAACUACAUUGCAACAUGGUCUUACACAGAUAAACUAGUAAUCUCCUUUAUUGGGCACUCGUUAGGAGGGUUGAUCAUAAGAGCAGCAUUGCCCUAUUUGGAUUUUGAAUUUCAUACAUUUCUAACAUUGGGAACACCUCAUUUGGGAAAUGUUACUAAUCAAAGGCCAUUAAUAAAAUUUGGAAUGUGGUUUUUUUAAAAACUAAAGAAAUCUCUAAGUUUGUCUCAAUUGAAUUGCUAUGAUGAUACUUUAUUAAAGCUAUCACAAUUUCCUGGACUGAAUAAAUUUAAGCAUAUCAUUUUGUUUGGGUCUUAAUAGGAUCAUUAUGUGAAUAGUGAAAGUAGUUUGCUCAUGAAAGUCUCAGGAAUUGAAAAUGAGUAACAGCAUAACGAAAUGGCAACCAACAUUUUAAGAUAAUUACAUCAAAACGAAGUUUUAAGGAUUAGUAUAGAUUAUAAAUUUUAUGAUGGAGAUUUUGAUACGUUUUUAGGAAGAAAAGCACAUAUUGCAAUAUUGGAAUCACAUUUUCUAAAUUAAUAUAUAAUUUAUAACUUGGGAGACUAUUUUAAAUGA